AUGACUUCGACCACGUCCCUCCACGACUUGGGACGUAACCGAAAACUCCGCCUUCUAGUUGCCGCCACCGGUCCUCGCGAUACCUCUUGGGCUCAAGCACUCGUUGUGCGCCUCUCCAAAAAUCCACAGAUCGAGGCCCGAGCAAUCGUCGACGAUGUAGUCCCGCGAUUAACACAAACCAUCAUUGUGAUGCAAAAUAGAGGGUUGGCCCUCGGAGCGGGCGAUAGGGCCGACGAUAUCGAAUUCUAUCGACAGCAAGCAUUCGAGCUGGUGGAAUGGGCAGAUCUCAUGGUCUGUGUACCCCUCGAUGCCGACAGCAUCGCCAAGAUGCUGGCCGGCGUAACCGACACUUUCCUCGGCGAAGUACUCAGAGGAUGGGACACCCAAAAAAGCAUCGUCUUGGUUCCUGGCAUGAGCACGCAUAUGUGGUCAAAUCCGAUGACCAAGAAGCAUCUAAACAAAUUACACCGAAAAUGGAGCUGGAUACGUGUGGUGACGCCGAUAUUGUGGCACUACGAAGGAUCGCCCAACCCGAAACGAGUGCCUAACUGGAAUGGUUUCAACGAAGUUUUGGGGAUAAUAAAAAACCAGGCCGACUUAUUAGGGCUGGGACGAGAUGUUGAAGUUGCGACUGGACUGGGCAUGACAGACGAUGCAGACGUAAGAGUCCAGUGCAAGCUUCCACCCGAGAUCUGGACUAUUAUUCUCGAUUAUGCAGGGGAUUGGGAACUUUCAAAGGCUCUGGGAAUGUACACCAACCUUCCAAUGCCCACGACAUGGUCAAGCCAACCCAGGGACCCCAAUGAUCCACUCAAGGUGUACGAGCACGAGCUCGAGUGGACAGUUCUAACUUGCAACUCUGCAGCGAUAUGUAAAAAGAUAUCGCAAUCUCCACCAGAAUUCCACGAUAUAUCAGCCUUGGUCAUCAAACUCGUAAUCAAGUUUGGUCUUAUUGACGUAUUGGCAUAUAUGGAAGCCAAUCGGCCAGAUCUUUUCAAGGCAUUUGACGGCACGACACUACCUACUAAAGCAUCCGCUUAUUAUCCACGUGUCGAUGUGUUGGACUAUUGGAAACAGAGUGCAUGGUUCAGAGAUCGUCAUGUGUACGAUGCAGAAGCGGUCGACGGCGCCUCUAGGUUUGGACAUGUUCGUGUUUUGGACUGGUGGUGGAGACGAUCUGGCCUAGGAAUGCGUUAUACUGAGUCGGCGCUGGAGCAGGCUAGUGGAAAUGGCCAUCUUCUGGUCCUUGAAUGGUGGCGCGACGCAGCAGCUCAGGACGAUAAAGUCGUUCUUCGGCCGGGCCGGUCACUCCUGUGGGCAACACAACAUGGGCAAGCUAAUGUUUUACGGUGGUGGGAUGCUUCAGGUAUUCCUGCUGCACAUGGCGACAGUGUUGCCAAGGUGGCCAGUCGCUGGGGCCAAGUUGAGGUUCUGGAGACUUGGAGACGCCUCAAAGGAGAUGACAAGCUUGUAUUUGAUGCCGAAGUUCUCGUUUCGCCCACCAUAUUCAAGCAUUUAUCGGUGCUCGAGUGGUGGCGUAACUUUGCACACGGAGAGCUUGAGGGCAUGGAGGGCCGAAAACAACAGGUAGAAUUCCGGACAUGCAACAUCGAAGAGGCACUUGAAGACAGCAUAGGAGAUCAGAGUGCUGUUCGGCGUUGGUGGACACAAAACGGGCUGAACCUGGGACUGCGAGAUGAAGAAUGGCUCAAGACGCGAUAUCUUUAG